GAUGAUGUGCUCAGCCCCCACACUCAAGGCCAAGGCAAGAAGCAGGGUGGGCAGCAGAAGGUCCCUAGCAGCAGUCACCUGGCCUACGGCAUCCUGGACAGACCACCAUGGUAUCUCUGCAUCUUCUUGGGGAUCCAGCACUUCCUCACAGCCCUGGGGGGCCUUGUAGCUGUGCCGCUCAUUCUGGCCAAGGACCUUUGCCUGCAGCAUGACCCCCUGACCCAAAGCUACCUCAUCAGCACCAUUUUCUUCGUCUCUGGCAUCUGCACCCUCUUGCAAGUGUUUCUAGGGGUCAGGCUGCCCAUUCUCCAAGGAGGGACCUUCGCUUUUGUGGCCCCCUCUCUGGCCAUGCUCUCUCUUCCUGCCUGGAAAUGCCCGGAGUGGACUCUCAAUGCCAGCCAGGUCAACACCAGCUCUCCUGAAUUCAUUGAAGAGUGGCAGAAGAGGAUCCGAGAGUUGCAGGGCGCUAUCAUGGUGGCUUCCUGUGUCCAGAUGCUGGUGGGUUUCUCCGGUCUCAUUGGCUUUCUCAUGCGCUACAUCGGUCCCUUGACCAUCGCCCCAACCAUCUCUCUGGUGGCCCUGCCUCUCUUUGAAUCUGCCGGCAAUGACGCUGGGAUCCACUGGGGGGUUUCUGCCCUGACCAUCUUCCUCAUCGUACUGUUUUCUCAGUACCUCAAAAACGUCGCGGUGCCCGUGCCCGUGUACGGAAGACAGAAGAAGUGUCACAUCUCCAAAUUCAACCUGUUUCAGGUCUUCCCUGUACUGCUGGCCCUCUGCAUCUCCUGGCUCUUCUGCUUCGUGCUCACUGUCACCAACACUCUCCCCAAGUCCCCCCUGGCAUAUGGCUACCUGGCCCGUACGGACACCAAAGGCAGCGUGCUGAGCCAGGCCCCUUGGUUUCGCUUCCCUUAUCCAGGACAGUGGGGCCUCCCCACCAUCAGCCUGGCUGGAGUCUUUGGGAUCAUUGCUGGAGUGAUCUCCUCCAUGGUGGAGUCGGUGGGCGAUUAUCAUGCCUGUGCUCGGCUGGUCGGGGUCCCACCCCCUCCGAAGCAUGCCAUCAACCGUGGCAUUGGCAUCGAGGGCCUUGGCUGCCUGCUGGCCGGGGCCUGGGGGACCGGGAAUGGUACCACCUCCUACAGCGAGAACGUUGGGGCACUGGGCAUCACUAGGGUCGGGAGCAGGCUGGUGAUUGUCACUGCAGGCUGCGUGCUGCUCCUGAUGGGCAUGUUUGGGAAGAUCGGGGCAGCGUUCGCUACCAUCCCUACCCCGGUGAUCGGAGGCAUGUUCCUUGUCAUGUUCGGGGUCAUCAGCGCUGUGGGGAUCUCCAACCUGCAGUACGUGGACAUGAAUUCAUCCAGGAACCUCUUUGUGUUUGGCUUCUCCAUCUACUGUGGGCUCGCCAUCCCCAACUGGGUGAACGAGAACCCUGAGAAGUUGCAGACAGGCAUUCUCCAGCUGGACCAGGUCAUCCAGGUGCUCCUGACCACAGGCAUGUUUGUUGGUGGAUUUCUGGGCUUUGUCUUGGACAACACCAUCCCUGGCACCCUGGAAGAGAGAGGCCUCUUGGCAUGGAAUCAAAUCCAGGAGGAUUCUGAGGAAACGCCGAAGGCCUCGAAGAUCUAUGGUCUUCCUUGGGGCAUUGGCACCAAGUUCUGCACAUCUUCUUGUGCCCGGGCCCUCCCCUUCUGGCCCAGGCUAGACCACCAUGGGGAUGAGGUGGGAGUGAGCCAGCUCACUCUGUAUCCCCAGACUUCCUCUGGAAAGCACCUGCGGAGUGUAGCAGAAACCAGGAUGUGAAGAGAACUGCCUGACCCCAUCUCUUCACUUCCAAACUCUGGCCACCCACCUGCUUGCAGAAGAUAAGGAUCCCUGCUCACAAAUGGAUGCACAAGGGUCCUUCCCAGCACCGCCCACACCUGCGCACUGUGGUGGCCAAGCAGUGCUGAUGAAGAGCAUGAUACGCGUGAGGCUGGCCCCAGGCCAUCCUUCUGCUGUCCCUUAGCUCCAGUGUGAGUCUGGGAUUGACACAGAAGCCUGCUAGUCCACUAUGCUGGGCAGUAUUCUGUCAGAUCAGGAGCAAGAGCAUGGGGUCGAACAGGGGCAGGCUAUUUGCUAAAAGGCAAUGGGGCCAGGCAGCCUGUGAUCCUUGCCACUCAGAAGGCCGCACAAGAGGAUCAGAAGCUCAAAGCUUGUCUGGGCUACAGUGACUUUAAGGCUGGCUGGACCAACUCAGCAUGAUCCUGUCUCAAAAUAAAAAGUGAAAAGCAAGCUAGAGACGUAGCUUUGUGAUGGAGUACUUCUGUAGCAUGUGCACAGACCCAGGUUCAAACCUCAGCACUGGGGGAAAAAGCCUGACAUGAUGGUUUGGCCCCCUCUCCCCAGAGGAAGGGAACUUGUAGUUUCCCAGCUCUCUCUGUGGCUGAUUCCUCACUUGGAAAAGUAAUAACAAACAUCCCCUUACCCCUAGAUCCCUUCCAGCUCCUGCCCAGCUUCAGGACUUGGGGCCUGGCCUCAGACAUCUAGGUAGAGGUAAGCCUGGACCCAUGGCUACAUUACACUGUUGCACCCCAUUUUCCCACAAGCCUGCCAGUCUCCCGAUCUCUGCUCCUCAGUCUCCGCUCCAGAAGUGAAUAGGGCCUGGACCUCAUGGUUGUGGAGUAGUGGACACCAGACUCCUUUCAAGGAGACACAGCCCUGGAGUGGAGGAGAGGAAUCAGGCUCCGCUGAGCCCACAGGCUGUCUCUGCCAGAGCAAGGCUUCAGGCUCCUGGGCAGCUGCGUUUAAUCGGGGGGUGCCUUCAGAACCUUCCACUGUUUCCCAAGGGGAAUCAGGCUCAGGGCUUCACAUUUUGAUAGGCACCGAGUCAUAUGAGCCAGAGAAAGGAUCCAUGGGCUCUCCUAACCCACCUUCCCCACCAGAAACUCUGUUUGACCAAACCUACUUUCAAGAGGAAGAAGGGCAGGGGUCCACUGUGGGGGUGGGGAACAUCUGGCUCCAGAGGCCACUUUUUUCUUCUCCGCUCUCCACCCCACCGUUCAUCUAUCUCUGCUUGGCAGUGGGUGGGAGGAACUGACUCCCGUCAGCAUCAGAGCUUGGUGAUGCCCAGUCUGUGAUCAGAAUGAGCAGGAAGAGGGUGUGCUGGGAGGGGGGGGGCAGAUGUGUGCACCCUUGUGAGUUAGCCUAGGAGCUGGAGAGGGCACCGAGGGAUUCAAACACUACAUCUGCUAUAAGGGAGGGGAGAGCGAGCGUGCCUGUGAAAGGUGCUGUGGAGAGAGCCCGAUGAUCUCCCUUCUCGCUCCGGCUUUCUUCUCUCCCAGAGUCCUCCAUUAAAUUUCCAAGAGCCCCACUCUGAGUGACCCUGGGAUGGGGACUGAUAUGGGGACACAGGAGUUCUACAGAGGAAAGGCAGUCUGUGGGAUUCUCAAGGGCAGGGUCCUGCGCUGCAGCUGAUGGAGAAGAGGCCGUCGGUGUGUGUGCAUUUACCAACGAGCUAAAAACCACGGGCAUCUGUAGUGGACAGCCAUCCCAGCAUUGGCCUGGAAGUUCCAACCUCCA